UUAACGGACCUGCUGGCUGCUGGAUCUUCAGAGCUUGAGUAGUAAAAAUCAUGCCUUUGGAGAAAGGACAAUGGGUUUUCCCCUGUAAGCCUGGUGUUAUCUGGAAAACAGCAUCUCAAAUAACAAUUUGUACAACAUAUUUACUCUCGAAGUUUUGGCUUUCUUGGGUUAAUCAAAUCCAGGUCCACCAUAAGGAAAUUCUCCAAGAACAAGUUGAGCAAUUGCAUUUGAAGAAACGACCAUUAAUUACUGUGGCAAACCAUACAUCAUCUUUGGAUGAUUGCAUCUUAUGUGGUCUCCUCAAGUUUACAAGCUUUUGCAACCUGAAAACAUCAAGAUGGACACCAGGGGCAAGUGAGAUAGCCUUCAUCAAAAGAAGAUACAACUAUUACUUCUCAUUAGGCCAAGUGGUUCCAGUCUUGAGAGGUGAUGGUGUAUAUCAACGAGGUAUGGACUUCUGUUUAGAGAAACUUAACAACUGUGGAUGGACCAACAUAUAUGCAGAAGGCAAAGUAAAUAUGACCAAUGAUUUUCUCAGACUUAAAUGGGGUGUUGGUCGUUUGAUCAGUGAAUGUAAGAUGGUACCCUUGGUUGUACCUAUAUGGCAUAUAGGUAUGGAUGACAUCCUUCCUAAUUACCCUCCUUACAUUCCUCGUAGGAACAAGAAAGUGACGGUCGUUGUAGGUCAACCUCUUGAUCUCAGAGAAUCAGUGGAAAAGAUGAAGGCAGAAAUUUUAUCACCUUUGGAGAUGAGAAAGAAGAUAACAGAUGCAAUACAAGAAGAGAUGAAACUUUUAAAAGCCAAAGCAGAAGCCUUACAUACUCUCCAUAUACAGCAGCAGAGGUGACAGUAGAGCCACAUUCACAUCUGUAAGAGGGUGUAUAAGAUCAUUUGUCCUCGUGUGCUAAAGAAUAAUUGUAUUCUCCAACUGAUCUUAAAGGCUCCCUUCACAAAAAGCUAUGAAAAGAAGUCUUAAAGUGCUAUCAAAUGUUAAAUUAUUAUUAUGAUAUUUUUUAAUGAAUUGCUGCUAGGUAGAUUGAGAAUUCACAUUGCCUGUUGAGCAACAUUGGUGUUGAUCUCUCAUAGUCCAUAAAAGAAUAAUCCUUUUGUAUAUCUAUCCUCUGUUUUUCCUUCAUUUUAACUUAACUCCAUGGACUGCUUAAGCAAUGAUGAAAUCAGAACAUUUCAACCUUUUAUGUGAAUAAAAAAUAAAACCAAUCAUUUUGGAAUGGCCUGACAAAUAAAAGGUUGGACUACCCAGUUGAUUUCUUAUUACGCCCAAUAAAGAUAAGAUUGAUAGAUGUUGUUAAAAUACAAGCACAAAUAUUAAAGAUCAAGACCACCCCAACAAUAAAUGUAGAUUAACAAUCAAAAUAAAACAGCAUAUCACUGAAAUUUCAUUUAAACUAGUUAGAAACUUAGAAAAUUGUGCCUUUUUGAUGGUCCAAUGGAUUGAUAACUUUCCUACUUUGCUUAUUGCAGAAUUUUGAAAUUUAAGAAAAAAGAUAGGGCUUCCUUUGGGUGCUCCCACUUUCUGGCUGCACAGAGUCAAGAAUCCAUCUAUGUUAUGUUCUAGUAAUCCUCACAGAAUGAUUAUUACUUCUCAGAUAUUUCAAUUCCUGUAGUAGAUAAAUUUCAUCCAAUGUAGUUAAACCAUAGAGCUGUUAGCUCCAUGGUUAAACUUUAUAGCCUACCAUAAAUUUGGAUAAAUUACUCCCAAAUUAUUGUAAAUUUUUCAGUUCAAUUGAAUCCAAUCAAUUCAUUAAUUUCAUGAAAUAUAAAACAAUUCUAUCUCAUUAGAUGUGGCUGCGGAGUUACAAUAGGCCUAUUGCUAUAUUUUCUGAAUAUGAAUUUUCUAAACUUUUAUAGUGUUGAUGAUUGUAUGAUCCGAAAUAAAACUAUUUUAUUGGAUGUAUUUUGUGAUUUUAUAUAAACAUUUAUUGUCAGGAUUUCGACCAAGAUAAAGACAUAUGCAUAAUUUUAAUAUUUGUUUUCAAACUAUUUAUGCAUUGUGUUAUUUUGUACUGUUUCCUUCAUAUAAUCAUUUCGAUUUUUAGAAAAUAAAAUGCCAAUUUAU